AUGUCGACUCCAACAAACCCAUCGAAUGCCCGAACCCCAACAGGACCAAAUGGCGCACCACCGAUGAGAAUGCGCCGUCCAAAGGCUGCAGAUCCAUUGGUCCGCCCAAAGAGAAGACCAGCUCCCAAGCCAGCCGGAGCUGCUCCGGGUGGUCGGACAGCCACCAAGACUCUUCCUACACGCCCCCCGGUGUCGAAUAACCCACCCGCUACCAUCGAGAGGUCCUCACUCGGCGUGACUAGCAACAAUGCACCCGUUAAUGGAUUCAGCGGUCCUUUGCUCACUGACAAAUACUUCGAUUACCCGGUCGUCACGACAAAGCGAGCUCUAAUGGAAGGAUUGAAGCACCACAUUGCGCGUUUCGCCUCAAAGAAGAACGUCGACCCCCGCGAUGAAACACAAUUCACCCGACCAGUCCGACUGCACCGUCGUGACCCACGGCGUGGCCAGGACUCACACCCGUCCCGAUUCGAAGACCCAGAUGCUCCGCCAAUGGAUGAAGCCGAGCGUGAAGCUUUCGAUGCGCGCCGCGCAGCACGUGAGAAGGAGCGUGCUGAGAACAUGGCUCAGAUUGCGCCUGCUCUGGGUACUACUUCGAAACGGCCUAAUGCCCCUAAACAAAAGACCCAGCAGGUCUUCAAGUCUGAUAUGACGCCCGAGGAAGUUGCGAAAAUGCGCAUCAAGUACGAAGAGGCUUUGCAUUGGCAUCUGGAGGAUUUCGAUAACAAGCACACUUGGGUCGGAAACUACGAGGCUGCUCUGUCUGGAACUCAUGCGGUGUUUGUUCUGGAUGGUGGGAAGAUGCGUAUGAUUCCGGCUGAGAAGUGGUACAAGUUUAGUGCCAAGAGUAACUUCAAGGCAUUGACUAUUGAGGAGGCUGAGAAGUUCAUGGCUAAGAAGGUCAAGGAUCCCAGAUGGUUCAUGGAGAAGCAACAAGAACUGGAGCAGAAGAGGGAGCUGGACACUUAUGCUAAGCAGCGGAAGGUCUACGCUGGCAAGCAAGGCUUGCCAGCAUCUGGAGGCGCGGGACUGGAGGCUGGGGAAAUGGACUUUGAAGAGGAUCGUUUCGCUGAUGAUGAAGAGCACGAUGAUGGCUUGUUCAACGAUGACGAAGAUGCCAAGGAUGCCGAGAAGAGAAUCAAAGAGGAUCAGCUCAAGGCCAACGUCUUUGACCUCAAGGAUGAGAAGGAUUACGAGGCAGAAGAGAAGCGGGAGUUGCGUGAACGAGAGGCUCGCCAUGUUCUGGGUAAGAGCGUGCGCAAGGCCCUAAAGAAGAGGGAGAAGAACUUUGACUACAGCAGUGGGUCUGAAAACAACCCAUACUCGGAUGACGAGAGUUCCGAUGACACCGAGACCGAGAAGGCAAAGGAAGAAGAGCGCAAGAAGGCCGAGGUUGAGAAAGAGAAGGAAGCUUCCUCCAAGGGCACCAACACACCCUCAGGCCGUCCCAAGCAUACAGACGCCCUCAAGAAAUCCGCCGCAGGCCGCAAGCGACUAGGCUCUCCCACCUCGGACGCAAGUGGCACCGAUACAUCUCGCAAGAAGCCCAAGAAGGCCAACCCAACAUCGCAGCCCCCAUCCCGUCCAAUGUCCCCAUCUGCCAUCCAGACGGGUACAAAACGCGUCCGCAUCCCCGGCAGCGGCGCAAACUCCGGCAGCGACGUCGAAGGUGCAAUCUCCUCAAACGAAACAAACGACCCAUUAAAAAAGAAACUAAAACUAAACCCACCCAACGCCUCCCGCAGCGGAACCCCAGCCGGAUCCCGCGCCGGCUCACCCAUAAGUCGACACCCCGGCAGCCGCGCCAGCAGUCCCGAAGGAGCUCGCGGAAACCGCCUUUCAACGCCUCUCUCUGCUUCCGGCUCGUUCCCGACGCCUGCGGAGAUUCAUGCUGCUAUUCCUGCUUCUGGUAUUUCUAGUAGUGAACUGCUGAAGGUUUUCAGGCCGAGGAUUGGGGAGAAUCAUCGCAAGUUUAUUGCUAUUGUUAAAGAUGUUAGUGUUUAUGGGAAGGAGGAUCGGAUGCUGAGGCCUGGGCCUUGGAAGGGGAAUUAG